AUGACGACCAUCACGAGAACUACAACCUCAACACAUCCUCCAAAUAAGCUUCACCUCGAAGUUAGUUUAUCUAUACAGGAGGAAAUUACUACAAUAUUUCCACCUUCGCCACCGGCAUCAGACUCUUCAGAGCCUCAAUAUACUUUCCCACUGCCCCCAAUAUCUGCAGAAAUCUCUCCUUUAGCUAUCGACAAAGGCACGCCUGAUGCUUGGAUUCCUCGCGACCCACGUCUGAUCCGACUAACUGGUGUUCACCCUUUCAACGUCGAGGCACCCUUGACCGAUCUUUUCGAUUCUGGAUUUAUCACCCCCAAAGAACUUUUUUAUGUUCGUAACCAUGGAGCCGUCCCACAAGUCCAGGACGAAGAAAUCCCGGACUGGGAGAUAUCUAUCGAAGGACUUGUUGAGAACCCCAUAACAAUAACGUUCAAACAAAUCCUAGAAGAAUUCGAACAGUACACUGUUCCGGUAACAAUGGUAUGCGCGGGAAACCGCCGCAAAGAACAAAAUAUGGUUCGUAAAACUAAAGGUUUUAGUUGGGGUGCUGCUGGAGUAUCGACUGCAUUAUGGACUGGGCCUAUGUUAGCAGACGUGAUCCGUUUAGCCAAACCGACAAGGAGGGCGAAGUAUGUGUGCAUGGAAGGGGCGGAUAAGCUACCGAACGGAUAUUAUGGUACAAAUGCAAAAUUAAGUUGGGUGAACGACCCCAAUAGGGGGAUCAUGCUGGCAUAUAAGAUGAAUGGGGAGGCGCUUACUCCAGAUCAUGGAAGGCCGAUUAGAGUUGUGAUUCCUGGACAAAUCGGAGGAAGAAGUGUGAAAUGGCUGAAACGGCUGAUUUUAACGGAGGGGCCAAGUGAUAAUUGGUAUCAUAUCUAUGAUAACAGAGUACUACCAACUAUGGUUACUCCAGAAAUGUCUUCACAAGACAAAUCGUGGUGGACAGAUGAGCGCUACGCUAUCUACGACCUCUCAACAAACUCAGCAAUAGCUUAUCCAGAACAUGGGGAAACACUCAACCUUACAACAUCACCAAAAACUUACAGAACUCGCGGGUAUGCCUACACCGGCGGUGGCCGUAAGAUAUCCCGUGUGGAGCUUUCAAUCGACCGUGGGCAAACAUGGUCGCUUGCCGAUGUUUCUUACCCAGAAGACCUCUACCGUGCACUAGAGUAUGAGAAUAUCACAUUGUUCGGUGGAAAACUCGACGGAAGCUACCGAGAUACUUCGCAUUGUUGGUGCUUUUGGUCGCUUGAAAUCAACACAGAAGAGCUUGCAAAUUCCGAAGGUCUUUUACUUCGAGCAAUGGAUGAUAGUAUGAAUCUCCAGCCCCGAGAUAUGUACUGGUCUGUACUCGGAAUGAUGAACAACCCUUGGUUCCGCAUUGCUAUUCGCCGAGAUGGCGAUAUCCUCCACUUUGAACACCCAACACAACCAGCAUUGAUGCCAGGAGGAUGGAUGGAACGUGUAAAAAAAUCAGGUGGUAACCUUGCAGGAGCUAACUGGGGUGAACUUGCACCGAACGAGACCCCUCUUCCAAAAGUCGAAGAAGAAGUUUCCACAAUUUCGAUGGUUAACCCCAAGAUAUCUCGUAUUAUAGAAUUCGAAGAAUUCAAAACCCACGAGACCGCAGAAGAGCCAUGGUUCGUUAUCAAUAACGAAGUCUACAAUGGCACACCAUAUCUCCAGGAUCAUCCAGGCGGCGCAACCAGUAUUAUAGCAGCAGCGGGUACCGAUGCGUCUGAAGAAUUCCUGGCAAUUCACAGCGAAACUGCAAAAGCGAUGAUGGAAAAAUAUCACAUUGGUACUUUAUCCUCUUCUGCAGCGAAGAAGCUUGCUUCUGGCGGUGCGGCGGAGGUCGAUGCGACUGCUCCUAUAUUCCUCAAUCCGAAAGUGUGGAUUAAAUCAACCCUUAUUGAAAGAAAAGUAAUAUCAUGGGAUACACGAAUAUAUACGUUUGCACUGCAGCAUGAGGAACAAGUGCUGGGAUUACCUGUUGGGCAACAUUUGAUGAUCCGACUCAAAGACCAAAAGACAGGGGAUGCUAUCAUACGAAGUUAUACACCUAUAUCAGAAGGCGAUACAAAAGGCAAAUUAGAGCUGCUAGUGAAGGUAUACUUCGCCACAGAAGCGCCCGUAUUUGCCGGCGGUAAAAUGACGCUAGCGCUCGAUGCCUUGAAGCUAGGAGAGGAAAUUGAAGUCAAGGGACCAAUAGGAAAACUAGAGUAUCUCGGACGAGGAAGGGUAAUGCUCAGCGGCAAGGAAAGAAAUGUAAAGAACUUUUGUAUGAUAUGCGGUGGUAGUGGUAUCACCCCAAUCUUCCAGGUGCUAAGACAAGUGGUAAGGGAUGAGGGAGAUGAGACGAAGUGUGUAGUAUUCGACGGAAACAGGGAAGAAGGCGAUAUUUUGUGCCGAGAGGAAUUAGAUGAGUUCGAGAGGAUUGGUGGCGAUAGGUGUAAGAUAUUACAUACCCUAUCGAAACCUUCAGACGCAUGGACAGGUUUAAGGGGAAGAGUUGGGAAGGAAUUGCUAUUAAGAGAGAUGCCUCCUAGAGAAGGAGUUUUGAUACUAAUAUGUGGGCCUCCAGCAAUGGAAGCGAGUGCCAAAAAGGUUUUGCUUGAGGAGGGCUUCAAGGAAGACGAUAUGGUGUUCUUUUGA